GGGAGAGGAGUGAGUCUUGGCGCCUGCGCGUUCCGCGGUUCCCCCGGGGAAGGGGCGGUGGAUGCCCCACUCGUCCCGGGGCCAGAUCCUCGGGCGCGGGGUGUUGGAGUUUGCCUUUGCCAGCCGGCUGUUGCCAUGGAUAUACCAAUCUUCAUACUUGCUGCUCUCCUUGUGCAUUGUGUGUUCUUGGUCUCCAUUUUUGACAUCUACUUCAGCUCUCCCCUGGUCCAUGGAAUGACCCCUCAGCAGACUCCACUGCCACCUCCAGCAAAACGUCUUGUACUCUUUGUUGCUGAUGGUCUGCGAGCAGAUUCACUCUAUGAAUUGAAUAGCAAUGGCACAGCCCAGGCACCUUACCUGCGGGGUAUUCUAGAGAACAAUGGCAGCUGGGGAAUCUCUCAUACCCGAGUCCCAACAGAAUCCAGGCCAGGGCACGUUGCACUUAUAGCUGGAUUUUAUGAAGAUGUCAGUGCUGUUGCUAAAGGAUGGAAGGAGAAUCCAGUGGAAUUUGACUCUGUUUUCAAUGAAAGUAAAUAUACCUGGAGCUGGGGAAGCCCAGAUAUUUUGCCAAUGUUUGCAAAAGGUGCUACUGGAGAUCACGUUUAUACAUUUUGUUACACAGCAGAAAGUGAGGACUUUGGAGCACAAGAUGCAGCCAAGCUUGACAUAUGGGUUUUUGAUCAUGUUAAGAGCUUCUUUAAUUCUUCCAGAAGUAAUCAAACAUUGUUCUCUGCACUGAAUGAGGAGAAAGUGGUUCUGUUCCUUCAUUUGCUAGGCAUAGACACAAAUGGACAUGCUCAUCGGCCAAACUCAAGGGAAUACAAGGAGAAUAUUAAAAAAGUUGAUGAGGGUGUGAAAGAAAUUGCUUCAAUAAUUGACCAUUUCUAUGAAAAUGAUGGAAAAACUGCAUUUAUUUUAACUUCUGACCAUGGAAUGACAGAUUGGGGAUCCCAUGGAGCUGGUCAUCCUUCAGAAACUUUAACACCACUGAUUGUGUGGGGUGCUGGAAUAAAUUAUCCACAGAAAGUUACAUCCCAGUUCUUUGAAGACAAUUUUUUGAAAGAAUGGAAGCUGGAGAACUUGAAGAGGCUUGAUGUCAAUCAGGCUGAUAUUGCACCGCUGAUGGCUUCCCUUAUCGGUGUGCCAUUUCCCCUGAAUUCUGUGGGAACUCUGCCUUUGGAAUAUCUGAACAAUAGUGCUCAUUUCAAAGCAGAGAGCAUGUUUACCAACGCUGUUCAAAUUCUUGAGCAAUUUAAGGUUAAGAUGAGUCAGAAAAAGGAAAAUACACUGUCAUUUCUGUUCACACCAUUCAAACCACUUUCUGAAUCUGAACAAAUAAACUUUUUAAAGAAAAUAAGAUUAUAUAUUCAGCAGCAGAAGUACAAUGAAGCGGUAUCCUUGUGCAAAACCCUGAUUAACCUUGCUUUGGAAGGCUUAUCUUAUUACCAUACUUAUGAUAGAUUAUUCCUGGGUCUAAGUAUUGCAAUGAGUUUUGUGGGCUGGACGACUUACGUGAUUUUGGUGAUUAUCAAGACCCAUACCAAUUUGACCAAGACUGUUCCAACUAAUAAUAAGAGAUCUACUGUUCUCUUCUAUGGUUUUGCCUUUGCUGGAAUGAUAAUAGCUUUUUUCCUGUUGAUUCAAACAUGUCCUUGGACAUACUAUGUAUACUGCCUCUUGCCAGUACCAGUAUGGUAUGCAGUUGUGAAAGAAAUUCCUGUUAUUCAAGAUCUGGCCACAAAUGUCUUGUCACUUCGUAUUGGUCAGUCUAUAGGAUUCCUCUUGGUUUGUAUACUGGGAAUUGAAAUACUAGUCUUCAGCUUUUUCUACCGCUCUGCACUUACUGUUGGUCUUCUUGUUUUUGCUUGCUGGCCAGUGAUCACACAGCUCUGGGUUCAAGCAAAGACAAGAGCAUUGAUCUGGACUCUUCUGUGUGUGCUCCUUGCAAUAUUUCCAUUAAUGCCUGUUGUAGGAAGAGAACCAAACAUUCCUCUGGUAAUAGCAGCUGGUUUGCUGACCCUCUUGAUCUCUUGCUUCUCAUUGACAAAGAAGUACAGAAAUAAUGAAGAUCUGAAAGUAUAUUUUUAUCAGAUGUUGAGUAUUGCUCUUUCAACAUAUGUUGUGAGCAGUACCCAUGACAGCCUUAAGAACAAACUGGGAUUGCCUGUAUUGAAUCAAAUUAUUAGCUGGAUGAUUCUAGUUUCUUCCCCAGUGUUGCUGUUACUGAGCCCCACGUUUCUCUUUCAGCGACUGUUCAGCAUAUUGCUCUCCCUGAUGUCCACCUACCUGCUCCUCAGCACAGGAUAUGAAGCUCUUUUUCCACUGGUGCUAUUUGGUUUGAUGUUUGUGUGGAUAAAUAUGGAGCAAGAAGCACUGCAGUGCUAUGGUCUUUCACUCAAACCAAAGCUUGCUGUUUUCGACUUCGCCUAUGCUGUGGAUAUAACUCAGUUUCGAGAGCUCCACCUAGAUGAUGUCCGGAGGUCCUUCUUCUUUGUUUUCUUCAUAGUGACAGCCUUUUUUGGCACUGGAAACAUAGCUUCUAUUAACAGUUUUGAUCCUGCUUCUGUCUAUUGUUUCUUGACUGUGUUCAGUCCCUUCAUGAUGGGAGGCUUGCUUGUACUGAAGGUUGUAAUCCCAUUUGUUCUGGUGUCAUGUGCUUUCGAAGCUGUUCAAGUCACAACACAGCUGUCUUCUAAAAGCCUUUUCCUCAUUGUUCUUGUGAUUUCAGACAUUAUGGCUUUGCAUUUUUUCUUUUUGGUGAAAGAUUAUGGAAGCUGGCUGGAUAUUGGAACAAGCAUUAGCCACUAUGUGCUGGUGAUGUCUCUGACCAUAUUUAUGAUGUUGAUGAAUGGACUGGCACAGCUGUUAACCACACAGAGACUUGAACUUCCCAGAAGGACUAAGCACCAUUCCAUGUGAUAAAGCGAUAAGUGUUCCCACCUUGUUCAAAUCCUCAGGCUUCCUCUGAACCAGUCUCCACCUCCAGAAUGUAAAUAUGACUUAAUGGACUAGAGUGCCAAAAUCCCAUUCAGGGAUCAGAGUGCUCUGUUGAUACAGAUUAAAUGCUGUCACAUGACUGAAAUUUGCAUUUGAGAAUUGCCAUUUAGACAUCAACGGGGAUAAAAAAGCUUCUGGUUUAUUCCAAGCAUAUAUAUUUCUUGAAAAUAAAAACAGCAACAAAAUUCUUUUUUAAAA